GAAGUAAACAAACAUUGUAAGGGAAAUGAUAUGUAGUUGCAUUCUUUCACCUAAAUUAUGAGUCUGUGAAUGAUAGAAUUUGCUUCUCUUGUCUCUUAAAGACAAGUUUGAAUGUAUUCCUGUUAUUACCGGUACAUUCACCGUACUACUUCUCGUAUUACUACAUUUCUCCAGCAUUUCUUUUAUUUCAAUUUUUAAAGAGAAAAUGAGAGUUAUCUAAUAAAAUGUCUGAAUCUAUUGAAAAUGUCCGAGUCAUGGAUACCAUACCUAUACCAUCCACAUCUGUUGUAUUUAAAGAAAAAACGAAUCUUGAAACAUCUGCGGAAGAAAGUAAACAAAAUUGGAUUGACAAAGGUUCUAUGGAACUCAGAACCAAUGCGAGUACUGAUGAUUUACUUUUCCUCGAAAGUGGAAGUCAAACUCCUGAACAAGUUCACACAAAUUUGAAUGUGAACAAUUCUGCCACACCUGAAAGUACAGAACCAGUAUCGAGUACAACCACUCCUCAUACCACACCAUCAACAAGAAGGAAAUCUCGUAAUUCAUUACGACUCAAUUUGGAUGAAAAUACAUGGUCAAAGCAAGAUAGCCCAAUUAAACCACCGGCAACAGCAAAAAUAAGACAAAAUUUGCAAGCAGGAGCAGCUCGUGUUUCUGCUGUUGUUCAAAAAGGUAAAACACCAGAAUUUAGGUUUCGUUUGGUUUUAAUAUUUUUAUUUGGAAGCAUUGUAGGCUUAGUAACUUUUACGUGGUAUUUAUAUCAACGACAAAUGAUGCAACUUGCAUUUGGUGAUAAGAUAAGAUUUCAUGAAACUCUUCGCAUUAUUCAUCUGUUGAGAGCUGAUGGCCAGGAGAUCCUUAAAGUUGCCGUAGGAAUGCACAUACCUCCCGAAUUAAAGUCAUUUGACUGUCAUCUGCUUUUUCCUACCAGGGGCCCUAAUAUUUGUCAAGAAUGGAAGUAUCGAGCAAGAUUGCAUAUUAAUUAUAGUCACACAGAAGUUAUGAGUUGUUAUCAAGUGCACUGGGAAAGCCUCACACCUACAACAAAACUGAAAGAUUGCAUUAGUUUGAAGAAUGCCCAUUGGUAUGGCAUGGGUGAAGUAAGAAAUAUUUCCUGGCCUUUGUCUGGGAUUACAGAAAAGCCACAACCGUUUGUAACAGGGGAUUUAGAUCGUGAUGAUUAUGGUGCUAUCUUAGAACGAUACUGGCUGUCCUCAGAAGGUGUAUCCAUCAAAGUGUCUUCGGACAUUCCUUUGUACGUAAGUGUAAAUAAUAGCGGAAAUAAUAAUUUGUGCUUAGAAGCAAAGUUUGAUAGCUUUCCGUACUACAAUGAUAGAUCUGACCUUCAUUUAGACUAUACCAUAUGUACUGGAUCUGAUAUGAAACAAGUGCAUAAAGGAAUGUGGAAAAGUUAUUUUACGCCAGCUAACAUAACUAUGGAGUUUCUGGAAGCUCCCAUUUGGGCCACAGCUCCAAAAUUAGAAAAUUCUUUGAGUGAAGAAUCUCUUCGUAUUUACUCUAAUCACAUAAUGGACCAUGAGUUUCCUGCUGGGUUUUUGCUUAUUGACACAAAAUGGCAAGAAGUGGAGGGAGAUCUUACUUUCAAUCCUCAAUUAUUUCAAAGUUUACCUGACAUUAUGAACAUUUUACACACCAAAGGCUUUAAAGUAUUGCUUGCUGUUCAUCCAUAUAUCUGUCUUGGAUCGGCUGUUUUUGGAAAUGCAACCAACGAGCAUUAUUUCGUAUCUGAUGAAAAACGUCAAGUCCCUCUUCUAACCAGAUGGAAACAUGAUGUCUGUGCCAUAGUUGACGUUACGAGAAAUUCUUCAGAACAGUGGUUCUUCGAUCGCAUUGUAGAUAUAAAAACAAAGCAUAAUGUAGAUGGUUUUCUCUUUGUUGGUGGCCAAUCAUCAUUUUUACCUCCAUAUUUCUACUUUUACACAAUGACGGUCAAUCCAGAUAAUUUUCUGUCACUUUAUUUAAAUUUGGCUUCUCAAACUAGCAAGUAUCUAGGAGUAUCAGUUGGGUUCCAGUCUCAACAUAUUUCUGCCUUUGUUAGACUUGCUCCUCGCACAUCUACUUGGGAUGCUUCAACUGGCUUAAAAUCAAUAAUACCUGCAGUUUUGACGCUGGGACUACUUGGCUAUCCACUUGUUAAUCCAGGCUCAGUAGGUGGGGAUGUUUUUCAUCCAUCAAAUAUUACCAUGCCUGAUAAAGAACUGUAUAUACGAUGGCUUCAGCUGGCAGCAUUCAUGCCUGUAGUUCAGUUGUCUGUUUUACCUGGUGAUUAUGAUUUAGACGUUAUAAAAGCAGCAAAGUUCAUGUACAAAGUUCGCACAGAGCGAAUUUUACAACCAAAACAAUCAAAUGAAUACAUAAAACGAGUAAUAAAUGAAUAUCAUGAAACAGGAGCUCCUAUCGUAAGACCUUUAUGGUGGUUAUCUCCUAAAGAUCCUAAUGCCCAAGUUAUAGAUUCUCAGUUUGCUGUUGGGAAUGACUUGAUUGUUGCUCCUGUGCUAGAAGAAGGAAAACGCUCGCGAGAUGUUUAUCUUCCUCCAGGUAGAUGGCGUGAUGAAUUAUUUGGAACCAGUAGGCUAGGGGGCAAAUGGAUCUAUAAUUAUUCUGUGCCUUUAGAUAAAGUUGCAUAUUUUAUUAAAAUUGAAGACUAAGAGAAAUUAAACUUAGCAUUUUUAAUCGAGAUAGUUCACAGUGAAGAGGACUGUUUUAAACAUCCAAUUUUAAAAGUGUUUAUAAUCUAUGUGCUUCAUUUAAUAUUUUUCAAUUCCAUAAUUUCAUGUAUGUUUUUUCUCAAUGUUACUUCCAUUUUGAUUAUGCUAAUUAGACAUGGUGCUAAUGUUUUGAGGAUUCCACCAAAACAACUUUAAAAUUUAUUUUACUGUGAACUACACAUCUAAGUACUAUCUACUCCACUAUCAAGUAAGAAAUAAUUAAACAUCCGCAUAUAGAAACAUAAAUUUAUGUAAGUAAUUUUUUUCUUUCUUACUUUCAAGAUAAAUUUUUUUGGAGCGCUACCUCAUUUACUUAAAAUUGCUUUGACUCUUGACAUUUAUCGGGUAAAGUUCCUGUAUAAUAAGUUAGUCCCUCCUCUCCCAUUCCAUCUUUAUAAAAAAUAAAUUUGAAAAAAAAAAAAAAAAACCAUUAAUAAGGAUAUUUUGGACAACAUUUGUCUUUACUGAUCUGAUAAGUGUCAAAAACUAUUGAGCUUAAAAGAAAGGGAUUUGUUCAAUACAUUUUGUAGGGGAAAAACAACAAAAUGCGUACAAAAAUGCUGAAUCUCAUUGUUUCCAAAAUCCACCGAGUUCAACUGACCCUCCCUGAUCACCCAAAUGACGACCUGAUUUUAAUGGCAUUGCUUUUCCCGAAAUUUAUAUUCAACGUAAAAGAAAUUUCUUUCUGCUUCAUACUAUGCUUCACAUUAGCCAUGGUCUCUUGAACUAUCAUGUACACGGGAUUAAACGAUUCCAUUUGUUAAAAUAGGGAUGAAAAUUGAGAAAAUCGAUUGGCUUCGCCAAUACUUGAUGCCAGUGGUGCUCGACCUCUUUUUACCUGGGAGCCACACCUCAUAAAAUAACUAUGGCGGGCCAGAAUUCGUAUAAAUUUAAAUAUAUUUGAUUUUUUGUCCCUAGAUAACUUGGGAAAGGACAGAAAUUAAUACAAAGCAAGAAUUUUCAUCAUUACUGUAUGCUUAUCUUAUCAAUACAAAGUUUACAUUUGUCUUUUCAAAACCAACUUCUGAUCAUUUGGCCCCAAAUUUGUAACAAGCAUUGUUGGUGACGAAUGAAGAUGAUUGGUUGUUUUAGAAAUUUUCAGAACAGAUUGUUUUCCAUUGAUAAAAUUGAACAGAUAACAAUACACCAUAUUGAUCAGCUUUGCGGGCUACAUAUGGCCCAUAGCUUGAGCACCACUGCAUUGUGCAAUAUUUGUUACCAUUGUGCCAAUAUUAGGAUUCUUGCAUUUUCUUUGCAAGCAAAAAAUUUUUUUCCCCAAAGUCAAAUGUUCUGAACCAGCUAAAGUUGAUCUGCAUUUGAUUGUAACAGUUUAAAUUAUUAUAUUUUAUACAAGUUAAUGUAGUUCUACACACCCUUAGGAUUUUUAUUUAGAAAGCCUUUUCAUGACUUAUAUUAGAUUUUGGUUGAUGUUGGAAUUUAUAAGACUAAUCGGGUACUUAUUUUAUAUGGAAUGUCUGUAUUAGAACUUUCUGAAAACUGUAUUUUCAUUGUUUUAACUAUCCUCUCUAUCAAUUCUUGUUAUUAGUAGAAAGUAUUAGAUGAUGAUAUACUCUUUCCCUGUGUGAUACCUUAUGGUUAAAUUCAUUGUAUUAUUUAUAAAACUGCUGAGAAUUGGAAAGCUCUUUGCAUUACAUUUUGUGUAAAUGCAGCAUUUGUGAUAAUGCACGAGGUGUGUUAAACAAGUAAUGAGCAUGAUUUCAUAAAAACUGAUUUUUUGGUCCCAUCUGUACAAACCAUCAACUCUCUACAAAAUAAAAACCUGCAUCAAUACGUUUGCAUACUCUUGAUUUCCAUGCCCAAAAGGCACCCUGUCAGUCCAUGAAGAACUUAGUGAAAUGGGUUUGAAUGUGGUCUUUACUCGAUCUCAAUGUUUUUCACUGGGCUCUUUCUUCAAGCAGAGAAACAAAAAGAAACAACAGGAAGCCAGGUCAGGACAGGGGUACCUGGAGGGUCCUUGAAAAAUUUGUGCCGCUUCUUCACUUGAGAUCUGAACAAGGUUUCUGGUGUAUAGAUUUCCUGACACUCCGACUCCUAAGAGUAAACCGAUCCCAUUUGCAAUUUGAAAGAGCAAAUCCCACUACUUUUAUCUACUAAGGCUAAAGUGCUGUGAUGGACAGUCAAGUCAGGGAAAAAAAAUCAUGCUCAUUACUUUUGUAAUGCACCCUGUACCUGGCCUUUGUCUGGGAUUACAGAAAAGUCACAACCGUGGAUUACAGAAAAGCCACAACCGUUUGUAACAGGGGAUUUAGAUCGUGAUGAUUAUGGUGCUAUCGUAGAAGGAUACUGGCUGUCCUCAGAAGGUGUAUCCAUCAAAGUGUCUUCGGACAUUCCUUUGUACGUAAGUGUAAAUAACACUGGAUGCUAUGUAUUCUUCUCAGCAGGGCCACCAAGAGCUCAACCAGGCCUUGGGGAAAAAUAUUGACAUGCAGGCCCCUCUACAACUAUUAAA